AUGGGACAAGACACCAAUAUGCUAAACGCCCACCAGCAGUUGGUCAGGACCGCAUCGGGGAGACCAGGGCAAGACACACCACAGCAGUCUCCAGGGACGGCCACACGUCUGCUCAAGCUUCUCUCAAGCAUCCCCCAAGCUGAGCAGGGGAUUCUUGGGAGCGGUCAUGGUGUCAUUCAGGGCCAGCAGCAGAGGUCUCAGAGCACAGGGCAGACGGCAAAGAAGGACCGGAGGCUCAGGGGCCGGAACAAGAAAGGGCAAGUCUCCGCUGAGGCUGAGGAUCUGGUCCCCUCUCCUCCUCGGAAACCCUCCUUCCCCUUCCAGUGGGCCUGGGAGAGCUUCACCACAGAUGGCCGGGCUCCGCUUCAGCCAGGCCCCGCCUCGGCCCCUGGCCACCAAGCCCUGCCCUUGCCCGCAGCGGUCCAUCGGCACAAGUCCAGGCGCAAGUCCACGGCCAACUUCCCGGAGGCCCAUGGCUUCUGCUGGAAGACAGAGGCGCCAGAUCUGGAGAGGAGACAGCAGCUCAGGGCCUGUAGCUGCAUCCCCAUGCCUCCCGGCCAAGGGGGGAGCCAAGAGCCGGAGCUGCCUGGGAAGAGCUCAGCAUCGGGGUCGGAGGCCGAGGAGGCCGAGCUGGAAGGCCUGGGCGCUGAGGAGCCCGAGAGGGCUCUGAGCCCCGGGGAACCGCCCCAGCUCCCCAGAAGGGGGUCGAUCUUGGAGGAGGAGCCAUUUGCAGAGGCCACAGAUGAGGCCGAGGAGGGGGAGCACAGGGUCCCCCAGAGAAGGAGGGCUAGUUCUCGAAGAAAGGGGCGGAAUUCCGGCGAGGAGGCCUGGGACGAGAGUGAACCGCGGAGCCAGGGGAGCUGCUCUGGCUCCAACAACCUCCGAGGACCACAGAGGAGGAGGCCAAGGGCCAGGGAGCUGGAGGGGCCGUGGAACCUGGAGAAGCUGCAGCAGGAGUUGGACCGUGGUCCCGAAAAGCUGCCCUGGAAGCCAUCGCGGGCUGCUGUUCAGGCCUCCCGCCGGAGCGGGAAGGCCCAUGCCUUGGGAGCUGAUGAGACUUUCCUGUUUGCAAACUUCCCUAACCGCACCUUCCACAAACGACAGGAGGCCACCAGGUGA